AUGGCCACGGAACGCUCAUUGGCUACUCUGUUGCGGUCGCUGCAGGCGACUUCCAGCUUUCAAGAUGCCUCUGGUCUUCUUCCGACAGCUACCAGCUUUCUGUCAAUGCUGGGAAAUCCCUUGAAUUUGACACUGCUAUCUUCACAACUACUCGCUGCGCCUUCGCUUUGGAGUCACCCCGUUGACCUCCAAUCGUGUCGCAAGAUCCUCAGCAUCUUUAAUACCGCCGCUAUCGCCGUCUUGCAGAAUGAUAGUCAUGAGGAGCCCCGAAUACCAUACGGACGAAACAGGAAAAUUGAGUGCGAGGCGUGGGUUAAGGCGGUCGCUGAGGGUGCCGAUGAUAAGUCCCCGCGGUGGAGGCACAUGCUUUUGCUCGGCGGUAUCCUUAUGGGAUUCGAAGGACAGAACCGACAAGGCUUACCACGGCAUAUUCGGGUAAAGCUUGAGUCAGCUCUUGCGAGAGCAACGCAAUUGGCGCUGGAGGAGCUGGACUCCGAGAUCGGCAUCGAUGGACAAUGUAUUACUAUGGUUUUGAACUAUACCUUCGAGCUCUUGUCGGAUCUUGAGAGGAGCAAGUUUGAUUAUGAUCGUUUGCUUCCCACGAUGAUUCAGUCGGCAUAUUUGUCCUCUGAAGGCCUCGCAGGUGGUUAUUUCUUGGGAUCCAUUGAUCAGGAUGUUGUUGAGGCCCCCGGAAAGCAGUUCCGCUGGUCAUCCAACUCCCCGACAUUUGGUAUUGUGUCAGCAAUAGCUGCUCGUCCGCUUGUUUCAACCCUAGGUCCUUUGUCCCGUCUUAUCGCGCAUUCCGUGGAUAAUGUCCGGGAUCCGAGGAUCGUCGCGCAGACGGUUGAUUACCUUGCGGACUUCGUUCGGACACUUAUGGUCCAGUGGCGGCAAAAUAAGUUGUCUGAGAUCGACGUUGCGGAGGAAGCCGAGUUUCUUGAUGCAGAGUCCCGGGAAAUUACACUUCCUGCACUUUGGAAAACGUUGCGAAAUUGCUUGUAUUCGGUAGUUAUUACCCUUCGGGCCGUCCUGGGGAGAACUAUCAAUGACCCGGUUCUUGCUGCUGGCAGUAGCGCACCAUACCUUUCAAUGCAAUGCCUUCACAUCCUUCGCAACAUGUAUUUCAUUUCUUCUCGAAUUGGACAGAAUGCCUCCUCGCAGCAGACGUUUGUGCUGCUGGCAGCCAUAGAUAUCCUCUCGCAAUAUCCCGUUCUUGCCGAGAACUUCCUGCGAAGCAUCAAGCCAAGUGAAAUUGGGCAAAUACCCGCGCAUCCAGUCGAAAGAUGUUUGGAUCUUUUCUUCUUGAAUGUGGCAGAGCAUUUCCCUCUUGUUCUGUCGUCAGAGACAAACGAAGAACUACUUUUAUCUGCGGCUUUUCCGUAUCUUGCAGCAGGUGCCAACAGCCUCUUAUUGGAAAUCUUCGAGGCUGCCCACAGUCUAGUGCUUGUCGUCUUCGCCAUCCCCCACAAUUCGGAUUUGGCUGCCAAACAUCUGCCUUUCUAUAUUGAAACCCUUUUCACUGUUUUCCCCAAUAACCUUUCCGCGCGUCAAUUCCGUCUUGCUUUCAAGACUGUCAUCCAAAUUACAGCACCCCCUUCACCCUUAGCAAAUACCCAACCCCUUCUACCCUCUAUCUUGCUGGAGGUUGUUCACGACCGUGCUUUGAACGCCUCGUCGACACCACUACCGCCGCAGGGCCCAAAUCCGGAUAUGAGCCAGAGUCCACCUGUCUCCGAACAAGCCGUUCUGACGCUUGCUCUCCUUGAUUCCCUCUCAUUCCUCCAAGUGAACGACCUAAAAGAAUGGCUUCCCCUAGCGGCGCAAUUGAUUAACACAAUCUCCGACCGUCAUAUGCGACAUACUUGUAUUGAGCGCUUCUGGGAAGCCCUUGCCGGCGGCGAAAUGGACGUUGAUCGAGCUCACUGCUGUGUCACUUGGUGGAGCUCUCAAGGUGGACGUGAGCUUGUCCUUUUCGGUUCUGAGCCCACCCCAGGCGACUCAGAUGAAAAUGGACCUUACAUGAGUGGCGCGGUCGGAGGCGUGGCACCGGAAAGUAAGCUAUAA